AGAUAGACUCACAAGCCUAAUUGAAUUUUGAACUCGGUUACAUCCCUAAACCGAACUGAUUUUGAACUCGGUUACAUCCCUAAACCGAACUAACCGGUGCUCACCCUUACUCUUUAUCCCCACUCCAGUCUCCUACUAAAGGCUAAAGCAAGAGCAUUCUUCUUAUCUUAGUUAUGUUCAAUAUGAGGUCCUGUAACUUCUUCUUGCUGCUAUGGUCAUCAUCAUUUCUUCUGCUGCUAAUUAAAUUUAGUCCAGCUUUAGCUGAUGACCAGAAGAUCCAGAGCAUUGAUGGACCUUUAAUGAACGUAACGAAACAUCUUUCUUUUCCAAAUUUCAGAUUAGAUAAUCCAAAAAUAGUACAUGAAAUUAAGCUUUUAGGCAGUGCUAAGCUAUCUAAUGAAAAGAAUGGUUCUAUCCAAAUUCCAGAUGAAUCUCAAGCUACUGACCUCAGACAUCAAGCUGGAAGAGCUCUUUACUCUUUUCCAAUCCGCCUUCUUGAUCCUGUUACGAAAACUCCUGCUUCGUUUUACACUACUUUCUCUUUUCAGUUCAUAAAUUCCACGAAUGAUUCGUUGUUUUUCAGCGGAGCUGGAGGCAGCGGGCUUACGUUUAUCAUCGUCCCCGACGAGUUUACUGUCGGUAGGCCUGGUCCUUGGCUUGGUAUGCUGAAUGAUGCUUGUGAGGAUAGUUAUAAAGCAGUUGCUAUUGAGUUUGAUACUCGUCAGAAUCCUGAAUUUGGUGAUCCGAAUGAUAAUCAUAUCGGCAUCAAUCUCGGUAGCAUUGUUUCGGUUGUCACUAUUAAUGCUUCGGAUGUUGGAAUCUCUCUCAAAGAUGGCUUGGUUCACCAAGUUACGAUUUCAUAUGAUGGCUCCCGCCGUUGGAUGGAUAUGCGUCUCGCAUCUAAAACAAUCUUCUCCGCUUAUCUCGACCUCUCUCCGUUUCUUAACGAGUACAUGUUCGUUGGAUUCUCCGCUUCUACGGGAAAUUUAACGCAAAUCCACAGCGUAUUGUCGUGGAAUUUCACCUCUAUCAGCCAGGCUUCUCUGCGUGUACCUUCGGCUGAGACUUGCGAGAGCAAGUUUAGCCAAAGAACCGGCGUUCUCAGCGUGGGAACAUCGAAGUCAAACGAGUCGAAAAAAUCAGAACCGUUGAGCAGUUUCUUGAUUUUCAUUGCGGUUAUGGUGCUUUCCAUUGCCGUAAUCGCCAGUCUUUUCUAUAACGGUAGACGCAGAUAUGAUAAUUCGAAAAAAGCUAUGGCUUUAUCAGACAUAUCUCAAAGACCACGGCCUCCGAAUAAACCUCGUAGGUUCACAUUCGCGGAAGUUUCCUCCGCUACUCGAGGUUUCCAUGAACUGGAAAUACUCGGUAGUGAUUCAAGAGGCGUUUACUACAGAGGAAAGCUAUCAAACAGUUCCAGUCAAGUGGCGGUAAAACGAUUCUCGACUCAGUUUUUAAAUUCACAGCUUGGAAUAAAUAGGCGGAGAUUGCUUAAUGAAAUCAGCUCCAUUAGCAGAGUUCGUCACCCGAAUUUAGUUCCAAUCAGAGGGUGGUUUCAGGAUAAACGCGAAACAAUGGUGCUGUACGAUUUUUAUCCGAAUGGGGGUUUAGAUAAAUGGCUAUUCGGAGCUGGAGUGCUUCCGUGGACUCGAAGGUUCAAGGUAGUGAAAGAUGUUGCCGAGGCUCUCAGUUUCCUCCAUUCAAAACACCUCGCUCACAAGAACAUGAAAACAAGCAGCGUGUUUCUUGAUAUUAGCUUCAGGGCGGCUUUAGGCGACUUUGGUUUCGUGCUUUCCGCGACAGAAUCAAAGCGGUUCGAGGCAGCUGUAAGUCAAAAGAAUGAUGUGUUUGAGUUCGGCGUGUUUGUGCUGGAAGUAGUGUCCGGUAGGCGAAGAUUAGACAACGAAGAAGACGAGAAAGACUUGGCAGAUUUCGCGUGGAGAAUGCACCAGAGUGACGAGAAAGCGAGAGUAGUCGAUAGAAGGAUGGGCGCGGUUGUGAACUUAGAACAAAUUAUUAGAGUGCUUGACAUUGGAUUGCUAUGUACAUUGAAUGAGAAUAAAGGCAGGCCUUCAAUGGAGGAUGUGGUGGGAUUUUUGAACUCGGAAUUGCCGAUUCCUGAGUUGCCUUCAACUCGUCCUGUCGCUCUGUUUCCUUAUAAUAGCAAUACUGGUCUUUGUACUGGUUAUUCUUGUUCAUCUUUGAUGUGAAAAUUGUGGUGUUUGUUUAUCUUACAUUUUGUGUUAUAUUUGUAAAAAUGGAUUACAAUUGUGUACUAUUUGUAAAGAACUCUUAGUUAUUACAAAAUAAAUAUGUAUUUGGAUUUCUAUA